GGCAAAAACUCUGUUGUCACAAUCAGGAGGCCAAAAAAAAACAAAUCUAGGGUUAGGGUUCUCUACGUGUUCUCUCUCUCCGCAAUAGCCGCCAUCGACGAUGACCGGUAAGGCGAAACCGAAGAAGCACACGGCGAAGGAGAUCGCCGCGAAGCUCGACGCAGCAACGACGAACAGAGGCGGAGGAAAGGCGGGUCUCGCCGACAGGUCCGGUCAGGAAAAGGGCGGUCAUGCCAAGUACGAAUGUCCGCACUGCAAAAUUACCGCUCCUGAUGUCAAGACGAUGCAGAUCCAUCACGAGUCCAGGCAUCCGAAGAUUCCUUUCGAGGAGGCGAAGGUCACGAACCUCCACGCGAGUCGUCCUGCAGAUCUGGCCAAACCUAAACCCGGUAUCCGGGGAAGCCUCAAGAAGUGAUGAAUUCGGUUGUUUUGAAUUGGAUUUGGAUGUGUUGAGGAAUCGAAUUCCUUAAAUUUGUGAUCUUUUUAAUCUAUAUUACGGUGGGUUUGGGUGGAUUUGUUCGAUGUAAGAAAUACUGCCUGACUCAUCAUGUAUGGCUGCGUUUUUCUGAUCGCAUAAUACUAUCAUUUGAUAUUUUCCAUGGAAGGGGUUUUAUACGAAGAAUUGAAUAUGUGAUUAAUGGA